UUUUCGUGGCCCAGCACGACACGUUCCAUUUUCGACGGCUCCAAUCAACUGAAACAAGGCUGUGUCGAAAUUUCCUAUAGCAACGCUAUUAACGAUUUGGCAUACGUCUUUAAGCGACACUCAGCUUUAAGCGACAUGUCGUCUGCCUCGGCAAAUGAUAAUGAUGCGACCCCCCCUCCCGGCGAGAUAGCGAACCCAGAAAGCGACGAAGAGACCGACAAUCUUGCCGACGCUUUUAAUUCGGAAGGGACUGAAGCUGAUUCCGAUGCUGGUAAUGUCGGUGAUACCAGCGACGAUGUCACUGAAGAGCAUGAAGCUGGCGCAGUUGUUCAUCACUGUGAGCAAGACUAUGAGCACAAUGAUACCAAUUCUGAUGAUUUUCGAAACGGAGAUGCUGUAGCAGUAGCAGUUGUUGCCGACGGCGACUUUGACGAAGAUGACGAUAAACCACUUAAUUCACUGAAGGCAUCCAAGAAGAAGACACAUAGAACGAGCGAUUCUGCAAGCAAGAAAAAAAUUACUCACCCAAGCAAGAAGAGGAAACAUAGCGGCAGGGUGGAUGGCAAAAAUCACGAGCAGCACUUGCUUUCUAAUACCGCGAGAGCUUUGUUGGUUGACACUGUUCCCACGGUUCCUGUUCAAAUUGGGGACAACAUUGUUGUCAGAUCUUUUGGGCAAUUGAAUGUCUCAAAUACAGAGACUUUUUCAACUGAGAGCGCCUUGUACCCUGUUGGUUUCUCUUGUGAUAGGUACGAAUACAGCCCUGUCCACGGCCGGGUUAUAAAGCUGCGGUGUACCAUCUUGGAUGGAAAACGAACCAAAUUGCAAUAUGGAGGACCCAUUUUUAGAGUAAUGUGGGGACAAGGGGUAAACGAAGAUGUUGACCAAGUUGAAUAUCCAUACGACCCAGAAAAAAAAUCCUCUCCACUGCAGGGUGAGGAACCUUUGGCGAAUACAACAUCCGCUAGUCCGUGGCGUGGAAUGAUAGUUCCAAUCAAUGGAAUGAAGGCCAGGGUGAGAUUUGAGAAUGACUUGUUCUACUAUGGGACAAUUGAGACUGUCCUCGAAAAGUCAGAAGACAACAAGAAGAGACGAAAAUCGGCCUUCGAAAUUUCUAUUCAAUACGACGAUGGAUCUAUGGAGGAAACAACCUAUCCGGAUCCAGAUAUUUCUAUUGUCAUGCCUGGCUAUGAUGAUGAAUUGGAUCACGACAAUAUUGAUCUGAAGGAAUUAAAGGGGAAACCAGUGCACACUGCAAUUGGGAAAUCGCCUCUGGAAGCAUGGGGUCAAGUGAUCCAAAAGCUGGGACUCGUAGACGAAUUUGUUGUGGAGAAUGGGUUGAAAGCAAUGAGCACAAAAAUGGAAGAUCUCAAAGACGAUGACGUCGUAGAAUCAUUGAAACAUGAAAAUGUUGAAGAAGAAAAUAGUCAAAGUGCAGGGUCUCAUGGCUCAAAAACAGGAUGUGAACAAUUAUCUGAGAUGAAUGAGGAUAUCGAUGCAGAGAAAUUGUCGCCAGCAGAAAUGGAGCUCAAGGUACAUGUGGCAAGACUGAAAGAAAAUCUGAAAAAUCAAAAUGGCGAGGACAAAACGGCUUCUAUGGCCCUCGCAGAUGUAAGAAUCUCGCUCCUUGGUACCCUUGCUUGCAACCCAUUCACAAACUUCGAAGGUAGCAUUUCUCAUCAGGAGUCAUGGAUAGCUGCUGCAGUUCGAAAGGAGAAAUCAAAAAUGGCCAGUACAGGGAACAAGCGAAAAAUUGUCACUGCUGCAGAUAUUGUGCAAAGGAACAACUCAUUCUUCAAUCCUGAUAUUGAAGCUCUCAUUGAAGGUCUUCCAGGUAGUGAUCACUUCAGCACCUACAAGCCGCUAGAAAGUCGUUCGGGACUCUCCACAAUUAGCAAGUCCUUCAUACAAGAGCAACAGUUGCUGCAAAUUGAUGACAGAAAGAGGAGUUUGAGUAGAGCCAAAUUCCAGAAGACAAAAUCAUCCCAAGACAAGGAAAAAGAGCGAAAAAGGAAGAAACGAGAGGAUGAGCGAGAUGCACGGAAGCGCCAAAAGUUAGAGGAAGAGGAAGAAAAGAAGAAAGCACGUGCGGAAGAACGUCUUCUUCGUCUUCAGGUACAAGUUGACGAAAGAAUGUUCAAGGAAGCUUCAUUCCAACGUGAGAAAGUUGUCCUUGCGAUGGCAAAGAGUUUUGGCAAGGAGAUGGGACGUCGACGAAGAGCGGCGGAACAUGUGGCGGCUCAGAAGAUCGGUGAUGGGAGGAGUCUUGGUGUGCCCAUGGACUCAGACAUUGGGGAUUUGCCACCUUUGCCGCCUCUUUCGAAACCAUUUGACGAAGAUGUCUUGCGCAUUUGGGAUUUUAUCAGCACCUUUGGAUCUUUCUUCCUUGAAAGGGGAUAUGUUGACAAACUUCCAACCCUGGAUGCUCUGCAAUCCUCAAUUGAUGUGCUUCGUACUUCGAAAACGGGUCAAAACAGAAGGGAGGCUAUAUCAUUCGUUACAAAUUUGGCUAUCGCACUGUGCAAACCGUUAUCUGCGGGAUUAACUCGAAUGCUCUUUGCAAGUCUGAUUGCGUUGAACCCUACGCUACAGAAAGAUUUUGGAGCUGCUUUUUUCAACGAGCAGAGUGCGACCGAGGUGAAGGGCGCCUUGCAGAAUUCUUCGCAGCCCAAGGUUCUGUUACCAGUCAAUGUGUUGACUUGGAAAGAGAUUGCAAGGAUUGCUUUCCUCUCUGACGCCCUUGGGGAGCUUGGACACAGUAGACAGGAGCAAGCGCACUAUCUUCGAGGUUACAGAAGCACCGGGCACCCAAAUUCCAAGGAAGCCCGUCGUUUACGAAGAGUUGAGGACUUUGCAAUAGCAGUUCUGAGACAGUCACUGGUUUCCAAACACCAGCCAGAAAUCCUCAGUGCAGAAAUAACCCAGGAGAGUCGAAUAAGGAUCAAUGUACCCUCCCAACCUUUGUGUAAUCUGUCAUCUUGGUUGUUCCAAUUGCACAAUAUACUAUCUCUGAAGACAGGCACAGGAAGAGCGAGCUACAUAAAGCUUCUAGAAAAUGCAUUGGGACAGCUACAACCACCAGGUGUUGAUGGACAUAGCCAAGCCAAACCUAUUCAUGAGGUCAAGAAAAUUUUGACAGAAGCCAGAGAUGGCAUUUCCAAAGACGAACCAUUCAAUUUGUCGACAAUAAUUAAAAAAGUCUUCGAUCUCUUUGAAAAAUACACAUUUCAGGUUGUCGAUGCAAACCCAAAUUCAGGAGGCACAAGAUUCAAUGAAAGAGUUGGCUCUCGACAGAACAGAACGCAAGUGCCAACGCAAAAAUAUCAGAAGCUCAGUCGAUCCACCAUGGGCGCGCUUCAGUCACUUGCGCUAACACCCCAAGGCCUGAAAGACUUGGCUCGGGUGCGAGAAAAGUACAUGUCGGAUGCAUUGGUGUUGAAAGAACAAAUGAAGCGCCAGGAAUUGAAAGAAGCUGGCGACGAAGAUGACGACGAUGACGACGAAGAAGAAGAAAUUGGACAUAAGGAAACGAAAACUACUGUUGCGGUCGAAAUUUCAAGCGAAGGCAAAGAAAACGGCACAAGUGAGAAAAAAGGCGUAUCCCAUGAAAUUUUUUUGGAAAGUGGGGACAGAUUCCCAGGUGCAGAUAUGAAACAAAGAAUUGGGAAAGAAACGCCACAUGAUGAUUUCUGUUGUGACAUACCGGAUGCUCCAGAAUUGAUCCGCCGGUGUCUUGCAGUUUUAAGAACUUUAUGCCAAUCAGGAGCAGCUGAGCCGUUCAUCUUCCCUGUUGAUCCGCAGACCAACCCUGGCUACUAUGAUAUGCUACUGAAACCCAUGUGUAUGAGAGAAGUUGGAAUCCAACUACAAAGUGCAGCAAGAGACUAUCACAUUCUUGAGAAAGAAAGAAAAAUUCAAUUUUUGGAAAAUGCUGUUGCUCAUUUUGCCAGAAACAUUCGUUUGAUUGGUCGGAACUGUUUAUCCUAUGCAAAUGCAGGCCCAACAGUUAUCAGUGCUGGGGGAGAGAUGCUUCGAAUAUUUGAGCGCUUGCUUCUUGAUUGGGUUCUUGCCCCCCCCGAUCAUCUGACUUCACUCCAUAGACUUGAUGAUGACAUGUGUGUUGAUCCACACCCAUCUGAUACUGAGGCUACAGUUCUCUUAUGUGAUGGCUGUGAAGGGAAUUUCAAUGUGAGCAGACUUGACCCACCUAUCAUUGACAUCCCAAAGGGUGACUGGUACUGCCCGCGUUGUGUUGAUGGUAGAUGCUGGGGAGAUUUAGAUCCUAGAAUUGGAAAAACACUACACCUUGAAGGAAGUGAGGAGAGUUGCAAAGUUACUAGGUGCUUGUUCUCCCAUUUUGAACAUACCAGUCCGUCCUUGAUGUAUGAAGUGGAAACUGAAGCUGGGAAAAUUGAAAUGGUUGGUCUUGAGGACGUGGAUGCAGCCUUAAGCAGUGCUGGAGAAUCAAUUCCACAAAUAGCUUGUCUUGAAGCUGUGGCAGAAAGUGUGGGUUAUGGCAAUGGAAUAGAUAUUGGACUUCGGCACGAUCUGGUUCCUGUGCUCCUUAAUCCAAAUGUGUCAGAUGGUGCUGCCCAGGUGGCUCUGUCAAGCUCAGUAUUUCGAGACUCAAUUGCUGCUGCUGGGACGCUGCUCGUAGGGGAUGACAGGGAGAUGACUGCUGGAGAGUGGCUUCGCCUCCUUCUCUUGCUGACAAUGAAGUGUGCGUCAAGCGAUACAAUGCAAAACCUUGCCAGCGAUAUGGAGAACAAGGCUGCAGAGGCAAUGAACAAAUCAUUAGAAUCUUUGACUCAAAUUCAUGAUAUUGCACAAGUUUUUCCAGAAGUAGUACAAGGAGGGAAGACUGAAGGUUGUGGAAUCUCUGAUACAGAUGGAGAGAAGUGUGGUAGCAAGAAUGGUGUGAGCAAUGAGGCGAUGACUGUAUCUCGGAUAGGAACAAUACCUGAAGUUGCUACUAUUACUAUUGAUCCAAAUGCUGUGGAAGUCUUGGAAUCGGCUGAUAUCAACAUUUCACUAACUCCUUGUAAUGAAUCUCCCUAUAGUGAAAGAGAUGAAAGCCAUGAGGUCAAAGAUACAUUAGCAAGAAAAUCAAGCGCAAUAUUGGAAAAAUCACAAAGGCAUAAGUCAAGAGAAGAUUUCAUCGCUGCUUCCUGCAUCAAGAAGCAGCUUCGCUCCACUUUUGCUUCUUUUUGUGAAGAUACCAUCUCUGAAGUAAUUGAGUCUACACUUGUCUCUGAUGAGACAAGUCUGAGUUUGUCGUCAUCUCGUUGUGAAGACGAUAUUUGCGACUUCUGCAGGUUACCAGAUACUGCAUUGGGUGCUCACCUUGUUCGGGUGCCCAAUAGAGAGGAAUGGAGUGACCGCAUUGCCCAUGCUUGCAAAUCACAAAGAACAUUUCUGAUUGCAGAGUUGAGAAGCCCCAAUCAGAGCGAAACUGGGCGCAAAAUACGAGCCCAAAGGCAUAGUCUUGUUGCUGUUACUGUUCGACUUGGUGGAGAAAUAGUGCCAGAUGAAAGGGAUCCAAAUUAUCAUCAAGACAUUGUUGACAGUGGCAUGAUUGAAUUUCUUCCACGCAAUGUGGUCGGUUUUCAAGAAGAGCUUUCCUUUUCAUACAGAGCAAGUUUCCCCUUUGUAACUGGGUCAAUGUCAGCGCAUGAAUGCUGCGCAAUUGCAGUGCAUAAUGCAAGGAAGCUCAUGGUGGUGGAAAAGCACAAGCAAACUGAAUCAGGGCUAGCAGAGCGGGAUACAGGCAGUAGGUGUGGACGCACCCUUGAAAUUGGUAGUGAUACUGCUGGAAGAUCGUAUUGGAAGUUCAAUGCAGAUCAAGGGUCUCUCUUUGUGAGUCACAAUGUUGAUUCUGGGAGUGACAAAAGCAAGAUUGGCAGAUGGCUAAGGUUUGCGGAUCCUGAGAGUAUCGCCAGUGUCAUUGUUUGUCUCAAGAAAGAUGCGAUUACAAGCUAUUUAAAAAGAUUAUUUCCAGAUGCUCGACAACUGCUCCAAAAUGCACAAAUUUGGACCACCAUAUUGGUGACCCUGUUGCCUGCCAAAACAAGGAGCAGCACAAAGAAGGGGAUGAAGUGCUGGUAG